AAUCACAGAGGAGAAGGCGGGAUUGGUAUGAAUACAGGUGUGGGAACAUAAUGCUAACCAGCUAGUGAACUUUAGUACAUAUUUUUGCAUUUACGCACCAAAGAUGUCUGAAGAAGCGCUGGAUGAAAUGUCAGUUCUGUCUGCAAUUUUCUGCGGAAAAGACGAAUUUAAGUUGAUUGAGGAAUCAGCUCAGACAGGACUUGUGUACAGCAUCUGCACUGCGAUAGACACAGACAGCGGGAGAAAAACCCUGAACCUCACGUUCCAUCUCCCUCCUCUAUACCCUCACAUCCCUCCUGAUAUCAGCGUCACCUCCAGCGAUUUCUCGAGGAACCAUUGCCACGAGCUGAAGAGAGCGAUGCUCAGUGAAGCUCACACCCUUCCACCUGAGCCCAUGGUUCACCACCUAGUGACGUGGCUUCAGCACCAUUUCACCGGCCUGAUUACAACCCCAAACAUCCCAGGAGACUGCUCAAAUACAGCAGAUAGUAAAGCAGAGGACACCUGGAUGGCGUUGCUGCAUUUAGAUCAUAUGCGGUCUAAAGCUAAAUAUAUCAAACUGAUUGAAAAGUGGACUUCAGAGUUGGGUUUGAUGGGGAGACUGUUUGUGGGAAGGCCGAUUUUGAUUUUACUGCAAGGCACAAAGGAAAGCAUUAAGGAAUAUAUCCACCUUCAGAGGACAGUGAAAGUUGAUGUCGACUCGUCAGGCAAACGGUGCAAAGAGAAGAUGAUGAGGGUUUUAUGUGAAGUGCCCCUUACAGAGGAUUUUAAAAGAAUAUCAGCGUUUGAGGUUAAGGAAGACUUGUCUUUAGAGGACCUCAGAAGGGAGUUUGAUUUAGUAGGGUCGAUGAAGCUUUACCAAGAAUUUGUUCCCUUGCUACAAUAAAUGUCUUAUAAAUUA